CUGAUAGGUGGCACUGACAGGCACUGAUAGGCGGCACUGACUGGCACUGAUAGGUGGCACUGAUUGGCAGCACUGAUAGGUGGCACUGACUGGCACUGAUGGGUGACACUGAAAGGCAGCUCAGAUGGGCACUGAUAUGCGGCAUUGAUGUGCAUUGGUAGGCACUGAUGGACACUGGCACGAGGCACUGAUGAGCACUGACAGCUGGCACUGCUGGGGCUACACUGCUCAUCAGGGAGAGAAAUGCAGAUAACCGGCAUUUCCCUGUUUACAUGUGAUCAGCUGUGAUUGGACACAGCUGAUCACAUGACCGAGCCGACAUCUUCGGCUCUUUCCAUGAUCGGUGAUCCGCUAUGUCCGAGGGACACAGCGCACCGCCGAUCGCCGCGCUGCGUGCUCCCUGAGCCGUGCAUGGGCAGUGAGAAUGGGAGGACAUCAUAUGACGUCCUCCCAGAAGGAGAGAACCACCUUGCACCCGUUAUUGUACUAUAUGGCGGGCGGGAGGUGGUUAAUGAUUCACAAAAC